GAUGUAAACAGUAGCGUGCUCGCCUCCAUGGAUCAAGUACGCAGAAGGUGUUGAGUGUUUGAUGAAUUCCCGUGUUGUGAGAACUAAGGUGUAACAAGCCUCCAGUUAGUCAAGAUGGUUGAAACUAUGGAGGUGUCAAGAUUGUCAGGGGGAGAAGAAGAUGAGGAACCCAUAACUGUGCUGACGGAGGCCCGUCACCUGGAGACAAUCACGGCUCCCAACACGGCAGCACACUCAUGGAGACUGAAGGAACGAAUGAAAACAGUUAGUGUAGCAUUGGUGUUGUGUUUAAAUAUCCCAGUAGAUCCACCAGACAUUGUGAAGACACAGCCAUGUGCUCGUCUAGAGGCAUGGAUAGAUCCUCUCUCAAUGCCUCCACCAAAGGCUAUUGAAGCUAUUGGAAACAGCUUACAAAAGGCAUAUGAACGCUGGCAGCCAAGAGCUCGCUACAAGCAGUCACUUGACCCCACAGUUGAAGAAGUUAAGAAACUCUGCACGUCACUCCGUAGGAAUGCCAAAGAAGAGAGAGUUCUUUUUCAUUAUACUGGGCAUGGUGUUCCUAAACCUACUUCAAAUGGAGAAAUUUGGGUAUUCAAUAAGAGUUAUACACAAUACAUCCCCCUAUCCAUAUAUGAGCUGCAGACAUGGAUGGGUGCACCUUCCAUAUAUGUUUAUGACUGCUCGAAUGCUGGUAUUAUUGUCAAACUUUUUGAGCAGUUUGCAGAGCAGCAUGAAGAAGAAUGGAAGCAUAAAGGCACCAGUGGGGGUAGCAGUCCUCCGCCUCCGUCCUUCCGUCAGUGCAUUCAGCUUGGGGCAUGCGGAGCCAAGGAGAUCCUCCCCAUGAACCCAGACCUACCUGCCGACAUGUUCACUGCUUGCCUCACCACCCCAAUCAGCAUGGCAGUGAGGUGGUAUCUCUUGCAGAAUAAGGGCAAGCUUCUACAAGGCCUUAAUCUUGAUAUAGUAGACAAAAUCCCAGGUCAGCUGAGUGAUAGAAGAACAAUGCUUGGGGAACUGAACUGGAUAUUCACAGCUAUUACAGACACUAUAGCUUGGAAUACUCUUCCUAGAGACCUCUUUCAGAAGCUGUUUAGACAAGACCUUUUGGUUGCAAGCCUUUUUCGUAAUUUCUUGCUAGCACAGAGGAUAAUGAGGUCCUAUGAUUGCACACCUGUUUCCUCACCACAACUUCCCCCAACCCACCAGCACCCUAUGUGGGAUGCAUGGGAUCUUGCUUUGGAGCUAUGCCUUGGGCAGCUGCCAACAGCACUUCGCACAGAGGAUCCGUAUUCACAUGUGCACUCACCUUUUUUUGAGGAACAGCUCACAGCCUUUCAAGUUUGGCUAAACUUAGGUCAUGAACAGAGACAUCCACCUGAACAACUACCCAUUGUCCUACAGGUUCUACUGAGUCAGGUGCACCGUCCCCGAGCCCUGGAACUUCUAGGGAGUUUCCUAGCUUUAGGCCCUUGGGCAGUCAACUUAGUGCUGUCUGUAGGCAUCUUCCCAUACGUUUUACGUCUUUUGCAGUCAUCGGCACGAGAGUUACGGCCACUCUUAGUCUUUCUCUGGGCUAAGAUUCUUGCAGUAGAUCCAAGUUGCAAAGCAGACUUGGUGCGAGAAGAGGGCUAUAAAUAUUUCCUGAAAGUUCUAGCUGAUCCAUCAAUGCCUGCUGAGCAUCGUACCAUGGCGGCAUUUGUGCUGGGUGUCAUUGUGUGGGAACACCCUGAAGGCCAACGGGUGGCUCUGCAGGGUUCGCUUAUGCCAUUGUGUCUAGAGCAAGUGACAGAUCCACACCCACCUCUUAGGCAGUGGGCCACACUCUGCCUGGGCCGCACAUGGCACCAUCACCCCGAUGCAAGAUGGGCUGCAACUCGUGACAAUGCCCAUGAAAAGCUGUACACUCUUCUGUCAGAUCCUGUGCCAGAGGUGCGUGGAGCAGCAGUCUUCUCCUUGGGAACAUUUGUGAGCAGUCUGGCUAGUCAUGAGAGGACUGAUCAUGCCCGUGCCAUAGACCACACCAUUGCCAUAACUCUAGCCAAUACUGUCACUCAUGACGGCUCUCCACUUGUCAGACGAGAGUUGGUAGUUGCCUUGCAAUAUCUCAUCCAGAUGUAUGAAAGCUCCUUCCUCACAGUAGCACGGCAAUAUUUUCGCGAAGAGAUGGUUGAUCUUUCACCCCAGUCACUGACGUCUUCUACUGAUAGCAUAAUGUCACCGUCAAAUAGCAUCAGUCGUGUGUUUGCACGUCAGGGGGGAAGACAUGUCACAUCCCCUAAUCAGACAUUAGGGACAAGUCCAGACACCUCCCUCACUGACUACGGCCCUAUGUCACCAGUAGGAGUGAAAAGGACAGCAUCAACACAUUCUAUAUCUUCCCUAGGGUGCAGCAAUGUCUUUUCAGGGGUCAGUACUCUGUCUUAUAGUGGAAUGUAUUGCAAACUGUGGCAGACACUCAUUACACUGGAACGGGAUCCAUUCCCUGCUGUAGCUUCAAUGGCAAAGACAGUAGUAGAUUAUGUUAGAAGCAAAGUUGUAACUGGCUCAAGAGACAUAAUGGAACAAAAGGUAGAAUCUGCUCCAGGUACCCCAGUCAAUAAACCCAUUUUCUUGCCUGGGGAAUCCCCUCCAUCAACCAUAGAGACCUCUACACCAACACGCUCAAGAUCAAGAAACCAUUUGAAUAACCAUAGUGAAGAAAAUGAUAAUGGCUUCAUGAAGCCAUUAGUAACAACAGAGUUUGUGGAAUGGAGUGCUAAGACCUUUAUUCUUCCACGCCAAAAAACAAAUGAUGAAUUAAAUUCCCCAUCCUCACCACUACAUGGUUACUCUGAUAGGUCUUUAAAUUCACGGCUGCUAGCAGAGUCAGAAGAACGACGUAGUGUUGGAACAAAUAAGUUAGAUGAUCAGGUGUUUGUACAUCGUAAUCCAGGUCCUCCAGCUGUGUUACUAUUUCAUCCAAUCCAUCCACUCCUUACUGUUGCAGACAAGAGUAAUGUGACAAUAUGGGAUGUUGAGCGCAGCUUACGAGUGAGUCAUUGGAGCAAUAAUAAUGUAGGCUCUAGUUGCAUUUCUGCUCUGUCUGUUAUCAACUCAGGGACACCAUCUACCUAUGUAGCCACAGCUUGUGAUGAUGGCAGUGUAAGAAUAUGGAAGGAUAUUUACCAAAGCUCCCAUCAGACAACAAGGGAACCACCAGUACUUGUUACUGGUUUCCAGGCUACUCUUGAUAUAAAUCCUGCUACAAGAGGAGCUGGUCUUUUAUUGAGUUGGGAGCAGGAUACCACAACCUUAGUUACUGGAGGUGACUCUCGAACUGUCAGGCUCUGGGAUUUACAAGCAGAGCGUAGGACAAUGGAGUUACCGACUGGGGGAGAUAGUACAUCAUUUAUCACGGCAUUACAUUCUCACCAAGCUGGACCUUGGAUUGUGACUGGAUUUUCUGAUGGUUACGUUCGAUUACUUGAUCGUCGCCUCCCUAGUAACCGUGCUGUUGUGCAACGGUGGCGAGAACAUAGCUCUUGGCUCAUCAGUGCACAUUUGCUUAAUGCAUCACAGGCCACUACAAAAAUUAUCACAGGAGUUGUCUCUGGAGAGGUGAGGCUAUGGGACAUGAGACAGUCAAAUUCUGUCCAGGUGUGUGCUCCAAAUCAAGAAAUGACUGCCAUGGCCACCCAUGCUAAUGCUCACCUUUUUGCCACGGGGUCAGUAAAUCAGGUGAUUGGUGUUCACCACGCAAGUGGCUCAUCAGUGAAUGUAAUCAAGUAUCAUGAAGGUUUCAUGGGACAGCGCAUAGGACCUGUGUCCUGCUUGGCCUUCCAUCCUCGGAGAGUCCUUCUUGCAGCUGGCACAACUGACAGUUACAUCACAGUCUACGGACUGUCUCGAAGAUAGUGUAAAUUACACCUAGGUGAUGCUGUAAGCAUAAUUCAUAAAAAGGAUAGAUUGUU